UCUGCCGCUGCAUCUGCUGGCCAAGAUGGCGCCGACCCUGGUAGAGCAUGUUGUCGCGGACGCUGGAGCGUUUUUAAAACAAGCCCCGCUGCAGGAGUUUGGCCAGAACAUUUACACCCUGCGGGAGGUUGUGGACGAGAUUCGGGACAGAACCACACGGAGGAGUCUGGCCGUCCUGCCGUACCAGCUGACCUUAAGAGAGCCGAACCCGGAGCACAUCAGAACCGUGAUCGAGUUCUCCAAGAAGACAGGCGACUACUCCAGCCUGUCUGCCACCGACAUCAAGGUUCUUGCGCUGACAUACCAGCUGCAGCUGGAGCACGUCGGGUCGCAGAACCUCAAGGCGGAACCGGACCUGAAGGUGACCAUCCAGAGCACACAGCGCCACCCAGAGGCUCCGGUCCACAUCGCGGGCUUUCACUUUCCCUCCAGGAGGACUGUGAACGCCACAAAUGCCAGACACACUGGGUCGGAACCAUCCACUCAGAUGGACCCGGACCAGUUCAACAGCUUCCAGUUCUGGAGGCAGCCGCUACCGAGCCUGGAGGGAGACCUGCUGGACCUGCUGGAUCUGACCGAUGCGGUCCAGCAGCCAGACAUCCCAGUGUCUUCAGGGACAGACGAAGACUUCAGCAGCUUCCGGUUCUGGAGAGACCCGGUUCCCAGCGUGGACCAGGACCUGCUGGCCCUCCUGGUGGAGGAGAAGAGGGCGGAGCCUGGGCUGGCAGAGGACCAAUCACAGGACGACAAUGAUGAUGAUGAUGAUGAUGGCUGGAUCACUCCCAGCAACAUCAGGCAGGUGAAGAUGGAGUCGUCUGAUUGGACGGAGGCGGCUGACGUCAGAGUGGGGUGCCUGACCACCGACUUCGCCAUGCAGAACGUUCUGAUCCAGAUGGGCCUCCAUGUUCUGUCCGUCGGCGGUCUGGUGAUCCGCCGUGCCCGCAGCUACAUCCUGCGGUGCCACGCCUGCUUCAGGACGACCAGCAACAUGAGCAAAGUGUUCUGCCCUCACUGCGGCAACCAGACCCUGAAGAAGCUGGCGGUUACCGUUGGUGACGAUGGCAGCAUCCAGAUGCACUUCUCCAAAAACCCCAAGAUCAUGAACCCCCGAGGAACCAGGUACUCGCUGCCGCUGCCUCGCGGUGGGAAGCACGCCGCCAACCCCCUGGUGGAGGACCAGCGCUUCCCGCAGCAGCGGCUCUCCAGGAAGGCCCGGCAGAAGACGGACGUGUUCGACCCGGACUACGUGGCCGGAGUGUCGCCGUUCUGCCAGAACGACGUCUACAGCCGCGCCGCUAACCUGCAGAUCCGCGACGGGCAGAGUGGCGCCGGCCGCAGGCGGGUCAACCCCAACGCCGCCCACAGGAAGUUCCAUAAGAAGAAGUGAUGGAACCGGGUCCAGCCCGGCUCUGGACUUUGGUUUCAGAUCAUGAAAAAGAAUUUCUCACUCAUGUUUUCAAAACUCUGAACAUCUUGUAGGACUUUUCCAGAACCCGUUUCAUUUCUUGGCUCAGAACCUCCUGCAUAAAUAAAUGCUUCUUUAUUAUUGCUAUUAAAUUUAGUUUGAACGCUU